AUGGAAGAAGAUAAUGAAACACCAUCCUCUUCGACUUUAAAGUCAGCAAGUAAGGAAAGAAAAUACGUGCAAAAAUUUAAAACUUCUUGGCUGGAGCAUCCUGAUUUUAAGACUUGGCUGAAGAAAUCUGAUAAAGGUGAGACAAAAGCUUACUGUAAAAUAUGCGAUUGUGAUCUUGUAUGUGGAAUGUCCGAAUUACUUAAACAUAAAAACAGUGCUAAACACACCAAAAAGAUGGCUGUUAUUUCGCAAUGUGGAAGAAUGUCAACUUUUUUUGAACAAAAAUCAGACGCACGCUACUAA